AUGCUGUGCACGAUUGUCCAACCCAUCUUCAGAUCGCCUCAGAUCGUGAUCCUAGGGUCUGAAAGGUCCCGGGUGAUCCAGGGGGACAACACUCAGAGUCAGGCGUUACAAGAGAAGUCACAGACGCAGCCUUUUCCUAAGCAUAUGCUCAAAAAGAAGAAAUUGAAACAGGAAGUGUCGUUGAAGAUGGAGACGGAGAAAAGCGAAGGAGCCGCCGCCAAAGGAGCCACAGCGAAGGCGAAGGCAAAAGCGCAAACGAAGAAGGUUCAGGCCCCAAACCCAAAGAAGGGCAAAGAGUCAACUACCGCCUCCUGUCCGGCACCCAAAAAGGUCAAGUGUACAAAGGAGUCAGCCAAAGCCGACGCUGAAAAAACCACGACCAAAGACGGCAGCCGCCAAAUCAUCCGAGGCUAA